ACAAGUCCAGCUAGUCUGUCCGCAUUGAUAAAGGUUUACACCACCAACACUGAGAUCACAAAACAGUUUGUAGUUAGAGAGGUGAGGUUGCAGGAACAGAAUCUAGAAUAUAAUCUCUGUAUUCUAGGGUAGUAAGGUUGCAGGAACAGAAUAUAGAAUCAAAUGACUGCAAAACCAACAAGCCAAGCUUCACUCUCCAAGGAGGACCUGCUUUGUCCCGUGUGUUGUGAGGUAUUUAGGCUUCCCGUCCUGCUGAAAUGUGGCCAUAACUCCUGUAAGGAGUGUUUACAGAAGCUGUGGGAAUGGAAGGGAGGCAGGCAAUGCCCCGUGUGUCUGACCACGUCGAGCUCAGAGAGGCCUCCUAUCAACCUGGCCCUAAAGAUAGCAGCCGACAUGUUUACAAAGCAGAGGACGACCAGGGGAGAGGAGAGCCCAGAGGAGGAGUGGUGUCGUCUUCACAACGAGAAGCUGAAACUGUUCUGUCACAACGAUGAGGAGCCCAUUUGUGUCGUCUGUCAGCUUUCUAACCAACACAGAGUACAUGUGUGUUGCCCUGUAGAGGAGGCUGCUCUGGAGAAAAAGAUAGAGGUCUCAGCCAAGCUUGAUUCAUUGCAGAAACACCUGAAAAUACUCAACAAGACUAAAGAGGAUUGGAAAGAAACCAAAAAUUACUUAAAGAGCCAGGCGGACCAGACGGAGCGACAGAUGAAGGAGGAGUUUGAGAGGUUCCACCAGUUCUUGAGGGAGGAGGAGAAGAACAGAGUGGCCAAGUUGAGGCAGGAAGAGGAGAACAAAACUCAGGUGAUGUGUAUGAAGUUGGAAUACAUCAAGGAGAGGAUCGCUGCCCUCACAGACACCAUCAGCCAAGUAGAGAAGUCUAUACGAGCGGAUGAUGUGAAGUUUUUACAGGACUACAAGAAGACAAAGAGCAGGACCAAAGGUCCCCUGGGAGAGCCAGAGUGUAUCAGAGGAAUCCUCAUAGACGCUGCCAAACAUCUGCAAUCACUCAAGUUUGGAAUCUGGAAGAAGAUGGCAGACAUUGUCCAAUGGGUCCCCAUAACCCUGGACCCCAACACAGCCCAGCCCAACCUCAGCUUCUCUAAGGAGUUCAGCAUGGUGAGGUACAGCAAAAAGAAGCUCCUGCCAGACAACCCCGAGCGCCUAACUAGCCGCAUCUCUGUCCUGGGAGCGACAGGUUUCACCUCCGGAAGACACAGCUGGACCGUAGAGGUGGGCCAGAGCAGAGACUGGUACAUCGGAGUCGCCCGAGAGUCCAUCAAACGCAAGUCCACCAUCUUCCUCAACCCUGCUGAGGGAUUCUGGGUAAUCGGGUUGUGUAACGGGGAGACGUACUGGGCCCAGACGUCCCCGCGGACGCGCCUGGACGUGAAGAGAGAGAGGAAGCCGUGGAGAAUCACUAUAGAGCUGGACUACGACCGAGGGAAGGUGCUGUUUCUGAACGCAGUAGACUCAACACUGAUACACACGUUCAAAGAGAAGUUCACUGAGAGGAUCUUUCCUUAUUUUGCUCCUGGGAUGUAUGAGGAGGGAAACACCUCUAGUCCCCUGACCAUCUGUCCCCUGACUAUAUCUAUAGAGGUACUGGACCAGAUUAUACUACCAUAACACCAUCUGUCCCCUGACCAUCUGUCCCCUGACCAUCUGUCCCCUCACCGUCUGUCCCCUGACCAUCUGUCCCCUGAAUAUAUCUAUAGAGGUACUGGACCAGAUUAUACUACCAUAAAACCUCCAGUCCCCUGACCAUCUGUCCCCUGACCGUCUGUCCCCUGACCUCCCGUCCCCUGACCAUCUGUCCUCUCACCAUCUGUCCCCUCACCAUCUGUCCCCUGACCAUCUGUCCCCUGACCACCUGUCCCCUGACCACCUGUCCCCUCACCAUCUGUCCCCUCACCAUCUGUCCCCUGACCAUCUGUCCCCUGACCAUCUGUCCUCUCACCAUCUGUCCCCUCACCAUCUGUCCCCUGACCAUCUGUCCCCUGACCACCUGUCCCCUCACCAUCUGUCCCCUGACCAGCCAUUUGUAAUCACCAUCACUAUUCAGUACUCAAGUGUGCAAAAGAUGAAUAGUCAACCAUAUUAUAAUUAUAGCCAUUGAUAAAGGUCAGAGGUCAGAAAAUGUUUAGUAGCAAACCAACUAGUUGAUCUUGUGUAUUUGUGACCAUGCGUGUUUAUAAUAAAUGUUGUAUACUUAUAUAUACUUAUACUUAUACCCUUAUAUGGUGUACUUAUAGAAGAUACCCUUAUAUGGUGUACUUAUAGAAGAUACCCUUAUAUGGUGUACCUAUAGAAGAUACCGACGAACAGGUUGAACUAAUUUAGCAGUAAUCGAUUUAAAUAAAACUAUCUAUUGUAUUUAAAAAGGUCAAUAAUCCUCUUUCUCUUUGGGUUUGGUCUUCUUCUACUCUUUGGGUUUGGUCUUCUUCUACUUGUCCAUUUCUUUGAGUUUGGAGUCCAGCUUCCUGUGUAGAUGGGCCUCGUUGUUAGGAUCUACAGACUUGUCCUUGUGUCCACCACCAGUAGAUGGGCCUUGUUGUUAGGGUCUACAGACUUGUCCUUGUGUCCACCACCAGUAGAUGGGCCUUGUUGUUAGGGUCUACAGACUUGUCCUUGUGUCCACCACCAGUAGAUGGGCCUUGUUGUUAGGGUCUACAGACUUGUCCUUGUGUCCACCACCAGUAGAUGGGCCUCGUUGUUAGGGUCUACAGACUUGUCCUUGUGUCCACCACCAGUAGAUGGGCCUCGUUGUUAGGGUCUACAGACUUGUCCUUGUGUCCACCACCAGUAGAUGGGCCUCGUUGUUAGGGUCUACAGACUUGUCCUUGUGUCCACCACCAGUAGAU